CGAGGUCUGGGCCGAGGGCUGGCUGGCAGCGGCUGGGGCCGCGAGCGGGGAUCGCGGCGUGGAGGUGCUAGCAGACGCGGGCGGCGGCGAGUCGGGAGCCCCCGGGCCGGAGCCGAGCUAACCGCAGUGGGGACCGGGGCCCAGAGCCGCGGCGGCUGAGGCCGGAGGAUGAUGGCAGCGCCCGCUGGGGCCGGGGCACUGAUUGCAUCCCCAGACCGCAGGCGCUGGCUGUGGUCGGUGCUUGCGGUGGCGCUCGGACUCUUGACUGCUGGUGUAUCGGCCCUGGAGGUGUAUACACCAAAAGAAAUCUUCGUGGCAAAUGGGACACAAGGGAAGCUGACAUGCAAGUUCAAGUCUACUAACACGACCGGCACGCUGACCUCAGUCUCCUGGAGCUUCCAGCCAGAGGGGACUGACACCACUGUGUCGUUUUUCCACUACUCCCAAGGGCAAGUGUAUGCCGGGAAUUAUCCACCAUUUAAGGACAGAAUCAGUUGGGCCGGAGACCUCGACAAGAAAGAUGCAUCAAUCAACAUAGAAAAUAUGCAGUUUAUACACAAUGGCACCUACAUCUGUGAUGUCAAAAAUCCUCCUGACAUUGUUGUCCAGCCAGGACACAUAAGGCUUUAUGUUGUAGAGAAAGAGAUUUUGCCCGCGUUUCCAGUUUGGGUGGUGGUGGGUAUAGUUACUGCCGUGGUCCUAGGUCUCACUUUGGUCAUCACCGUGAUUCUGGCUGUCCUCUAUAGAAGGAAAAACUCUAAACGGGAUUAUACCGGCUGCAAUACAUCAGAGAAUGUGUCACCGGUUAAGCAGGCUCCACGGAAGUCCCCCUCCGACACAGAGGGUCUAGUAAAGAGCCUGCCUUCUGGAUCUCACCAGGGCCCAGUCAUAUAUGCGCAGCUAGACCACUCUGGCGGACAUCACAGCGACAAGAUUAACAAGUCAGAGUCUGUGGUGUACGCGGACAUCCGGAAAAAUUGAGAAGACCCCAGUCAUAUCCUAAGCAAGAAACAAAUCCGAACUGCACUCUUGUGCAGAAAAUGUAGCUCGUAACCAUGUGUGGCCUUGGAAACCUGGACACGGACAAGCACAUGUUUAUUCAUAGAGGGAGAAAAAGAAGUGUAUAAAGGAUAUAUAUAAAUAUUCUAUUUAAUCUUCCUGAUGCGAGGAGCCAGUAUUGCAUGAUGAAGAGAUGGUAUGAUUCUACGUAUACGUAAAUUGUCUGUUUUUGUACUUCCCUUCAGGGUCAUUUACAGUUGAGAAAAUUCAGACACAUUCCUAUCACCAUCAUUUAGAUGUGGUUUGUCUUAAUGGAGAUGGUAGCAGAUCUUUUAGUAUUCUAACAGACAUGGCCUUUUCAUGUAAGGGCUUAACCCGCCUUCGUGUUUAUUGUACUUGGAGAGUGGAGAUGCUAUGAUGGAAGCAUGUUCAGGGUGGCCUUUAGCCCAGGGUGUACCACCUGUUUGGCAGUUGUUUUUAGAAAGCAUCCAUUCGCUAUGCCACUUGGAGACAGUGUGAGAGUUUUUGUUGCUGUUUUGCUCUCUAAAAUACAGGGCAGUUUUUAGCUUUCAGUGUUGUGUAGACUAUAACAUCACACCCUGUAAGCAUAUUGUCUCAAUUUGUGGAUUCAUCAUAGCAAGAUUAGCAAAGGAUCAGUGCCGGAAGUCACUUUCUUCCAGGUACUUUUAGAUCAAUACCAUAAUCAAUACAUAAUUGAAGUAGAGAACCCAGGCCUGGCUUGAGGAGUACUAUACCAUUUGGAGAGCAAAAGGUGUGUUACAUUCUUUGCUGAAGUCCUUCGUACUUGUAAUAAGAGUCCCCAUACACCUGAAGGAGCUGAGUUUCAUUUCCAUUUAAGUAGGCAGAAAUGGAAUAAUUAGAUCGCCAGUCUUCAGUAUCGCAGAGCUCCCUCUAGAGAAUCUGCUACAUAAAGCUUCAGUCAUGCUUCCAGCAGGGGCAGCAUCAGUCAUGGCUUCUAUAAUAGAUUCAUGAUGCCUCCAAGGCCUUUGAGGCUAAAAAGGGUCUAGAUUUUUUUAAAUCAGCAAACAAGGCUAGUACUUCUACGUUGGGAAUCUCUUCUGUUUCUGAUUUUUUGUUCUUUGUUUCUCCCUUCCUUUUUUUCCUCCACCCCCAUUACAUGGAGUUGAUAAACUGUGAGAUGAGGAGAAAUCUAGACAAUUUGGGCAUCCUUCUCAAUUUAUUUUCUCCCUUUGACCACCACCCCCAACACCCCAUCUCAAACUUAUGUGUCUUUUUUUAACUCAGACUGAAAAGCAUGGUGAAAAUCAUUAAACACUUAUAUUGUCA